AGAGAGAUCAAGCUAGUAGCACAUGCAUUGAGGAAAACGGAUCAAAUGGCAGUUGAGGGUUUGCUUGAGAAGAACCUACCUCCGGACAUUCUUGAUGAUCGUUCUCAAAAAAAAGUAAGGAGGUGUGAUUUGGGAAUUGCUGCAUCUUCUUUGGGUGAUUUGGGAAUUGCUCAUGACAAUCCAUCUUCCAAAGAUGUGCUUAUGGCCUCUGAUGGUGAAGCUUUCUUUUCUGAUGAUAACAUGGAGUCGAAUAAUAAGGGCUUUUUUGAGAAAGAAUCUAUUGAUGGAUCUGAAGGAAAGAAUGUCGAUUUGGAGAUGGAAAAUUUUGAUGAAUUUCGAGUCGAAAUAGUGGAUGGGGUACCAUCUAUCACGAUCUCUAACAGGAAACACGAGAAACUGUCGAGACGCUGGCAGAGGUCAGUCGUAGUGAGACUUCAUGGAUCACCAUUAUCAUAUAGACUUUUGUGCAGAAAAAUAGAGACUUUGUGCAGACCAAAAGGGAGAUUCACAAUUAUGGAUCUAGAUGAAGUUAAUUUUCUUGUGAAGUCUUCUAAAGAGGGUGAUUACCUUAAGGCUUUGCUAGAGAGGCCUUGGACGAUCUAGGGCAUUAUUUAAUGGUGAGUCCAUGGUCUCCAUCUUGCUUCCGUGAAAACCAAGAUUUGUUGGCCGUGGCAACGUCGGUUUGCUUUCAGGAAGUGGUUCGUUCAUUUUGAAAGAAGCAAGGGAACUUAGGUUGGAUGAUGUUAAAGAUUGAUCUUGAGAACGCUUAUGACCA